AUGAAGAUCACCCCGCUCCUCGUGCUCCUCGCCACCUUCCUCGGCUGUGCGAUGAUCCGCCAGUCGGAGGGCGCCUCCAGCACCACCACCACCUCCGCCUCGGCCACCACCACCACUGCCGCCUCCGCAACCACCUCCGCCUCGGCCGCCACCACCACCGCUGCCGCUUCGGACUCCACCACGACAACCACUGAAUCAUCAUCACUAGUCGCAUCUGGCACAAGUAAGAAGCGCACAAGACGUAGUAAAACUAGGCGCAACAGGCCUCGGAGGAAGAUUAUAACCAGGAGGAGAGCUAGAGGUCGCAACGACAAAGGCCGCAAGGGCCGCAGGUCCGACGACUGA